AUGAUGACAUUGUUGAUUGAUCAGGAAAAAUUUUACAAUCAAAAUGCUAAAAUCGAUUGGAAUAAACGUUAUUCAUUUACUUUGGAUGAAUAUUUUGCAUUGGCUCUAUGUAUUGUAUUGGCUAUUCGUGGAUCAUAUGCUUUGAUCGAUCAAACCUAUUGGAAUGAUAGAAAACGACAAAUUUAUUUUGGUAGUUUUUUCGGUGUUUUUGGUGCAAAUCCAUUCCAUGUGGAAAUGUUAUGUGUAGUAUGGGCAUUGAAUUGUAUCAAUAUACAAAUGACAUCAUUGUUUUUACGUUUAAAACAUUUAAAAUGGCUUAAUAUUUUAAUGGCACUUGAAGAUCGUAUUUCACCGAAAAAUAUCGGCAUUAAACCUGAUGAAUGGAAAAAAUUAAAAAUAAAGAUCAAUAUUAUGUCACAUUUUAAUCGUAAUACAACAAUUUGGCUAUCAUCAAUUGCUGGAAUAUUUAUUGGAUGGCAAUUUUAUAAAAAAUAUUCUACAUAUGAUUUCAUUGUAUUCGGAUUAAUAUGGAUUUUAUUUUACGUCAUAACAACAUUAUUGGUUACAACAACCAUUUAUUAUACAAAUUUUUAUAUAUUCUUAAUUGCCGAUUUAAUGCGUACUAAAUUUGCACAAUAUGAUGCUUAUAAUAAAUCAUGGAAAUGGCUAGUAACAUUUUCAUUAGUUUGGCGUUUUGUUAUCAUCAAUUUUGUUGCAUUUAUUGCCAUUUUUUUUGAUAUGCCACCAACAUUUAAACUUGUAUAUCGUUCUAUUUUUUUAAGUGAAAAUUUUUCACUAUUUUCAAUUCUUUUUCAAGUCGGUUUCAUUCACAUUGGUAUGCAUAAAUCAGCAAAUCGUUUACGACAAGUUAAUCAUUGUUGUUUUCGACGAUUUCAUUCAUUAUCAUUUCAAAUGAAAUGUUGUAGAUAUGAAGAUUUUUUGGUCAAUCCAUAUAAAUUCGGUCAACUAACUGCUACUGGACAUUUGAUUCAAUUAAAACAUAUAUUCAUUCUUGUACGUGAAUUUACUGUUUAUUUUUUCCUAUUGGCUGGAUUUUCAUUACGUAUGGAAAUUUUGUGA